CUUAUAAAUAGGAGGAUGGUUAGAGUUCUUUAAUCUGUUCACUCAACCCAACCAAAUACCAUAAUCCAUUCAACUAUACAAGGAUUAGCCACUAAUUAAUUCUCAACUCAAAUUCUUUGCAGCCAUAGAAUCCAUUAAUCUAAACAUAACAGCCAAUUAAGAGCAAUGGAUUGUAAAAAUCAGAUUGAUAUGAAGAAGAAACUAUUGAAAACAAUUCUGCAGUUUGUUUUAUCAGUGUCAGUGUUUUGUUUAUUUGUAUGGUACUCUUCUGGCUUUUUCAUACUUCCUCAGUGUUUCAAUGCUUACUUCUCCACCUGCCUUUUCUCCAUGCUCACUCCCACUCUUCAAAGAAAAUACAUGUUUAUCAUCUGCAAUGCCAUCCUUGCUCUUCUAGCCAUCUCACCACCUUUUCAUCUACAGCUUCAGGCACAGGUUUCUGAAGAGGCUCUUGGAGAUUUUCUUACUAUUGAAGAAGCGAAAACGCAGGAAGAUUAUUCUGAACAAGUAUCUGCAGCUGAACAUGGCACGGAAGUGUUGAUUAUUGGAGAGGAAGAAGGAGAGACAGGAAAUAGUAGUGAAGAUCAACUGGCAAAUACAGAUGAACUGAAUAGAAAGUUCGAAGAGUUUAUAAGGAAAAUGAAGGAGGAGAUCAGGAUUGAAGCUCAACGACAACCAAUUGAAGUGUAGUACUUGCAAUGAUGAUGAUAAUUAUGAUG